AACGGCGGCCCCGGGAGGCGCCGCGCCAGCUCCGGAGCCCUCGGGAGCCUCGGGGCAGCUCGGCAGGUCCCGACGAGGUCUGCCCCUACUUUCACUGUUGCCCGUGUUUUUACAAGAGGAGCAGAAGAUGAGUAGAUCUGUGGGGCCAGUGUCAUUCAGGGACGUGGCCGUGGACUUCACCCAGGAGGAGUGGCAGUAUCUGGACCCUGAGCAGAAGACCACCUACCGGGAUGUGAUGCUGGAGAACUACAGCCACCUCGUCUCUGUGGGCUGUCACAUUAUCAAACCGGAAGUUAUCAUCAAGUUGGAACAAGGAGAAGAGCCAUGGAUAGUAGAAGGAGAAUUCCUACCACACAGUUACCCAGAAGAAGUCUGGAAAGCCGAUGACCUGGUUGAAAGGGUCCAGGAGAAUGAAGGCAAACAUUCAAGGCAAGCUGUGUCCGUCAACAAAACCCCGACUGAAGAGAGAGGUAAUGUUCUCGGUAAGACUUUAAAUGUGGAAACGAACCCCAUUCCUUCAAGGAAAAUGUCCUAUAAGUGUGGCUCAUGUGAAAAGAGUUUGAAGUCCAUUUCAGAAUAUAUCAGUAGUGAUGGCAGCUAUGCAAGAAGGAAGCCUGACGAAUGUGGUGCGUGUGGGAAACCGUUUCCCCGUGUGAAGCUUGAGAAAACUCAUCCAGGAGACCAAUCUUACGAAUUUAAUCAAAGUGGGGGAGCUUAUAGUCUAAACGAAGAAAGUAUUUAUCAGAACAUUCAUAUUUUGGGGAAACCCUUCGAAUAUAUUGAAUGCCAGAAAGCCUUUCAGAAGGAUCCAGGUUUUGCUAAUCAUAUGGAGGAGAAGCCCUAUAAGUGGAAUGAAUCCGAAAUAGCCUUCCUUCAAAUGUCCAACCUCAGUGUCCACCAGAGGUCUCACAUGGAAAUGAAGCCCUACGAAUGCAGUGCAUGUGGGAAAUCCUUCUGUAAAAAGUCAAAGUUUAUCAUACACCAGAGGACUCACACAGGAGAGAAACCUUAUGAAUGUAAUCAGUGUGGGAAAUCCUUCUGCCAGAAGGGAACCCUCACCGUCCAUCAGCGCACACACACAGGGGAGAAGCCCUACGAAUGUAACGAAUGUGGGAAAACCUUCUACCAGAAGUUGCACCUCAUUCAGCAUCAGAGAACUCACUCAGGAGAGAAGCCCUACGAAUGUAGUUACUGUGGGAAAUCCUUCUGCCAGAAGACCCACCUCACACAGCACCAGAGAACACAUUCAGGAGAGAGACCCUAUGUCUGUCACGACUGUGGGAAAACCUUCUCCCAGAAGUCAGCGCUGAACGACCACCAGAAGAUUCACACGGGCGUGAAACUCUAUAAGUGUAACGAGUGCGGGAAGUGCUUCUGCCGCAAGUCUACUCUCACCACACACCAGCGCACGCACACCGGGGAGAAGCCCUACGAAUGUAACGAGUGCGGGAAGUUCUUCUCUCGGCUGUCCUAUCUCACCGUGCACUACAGGACUCACUCGGGAGAGAAGCCCUACGAAUGUAAUGAGUGCGGGAAGACCUUUUACCUGAACUCCGCCCUCAUGCGGCAUCAACGAGUGCACACCGGGGAGAAGCCCUACGAAUGUAACGAGUGCGGGAAGCUCUUCUCUCAGCUGUCGUACCUCACCAUCCACCACAGGACUCAUUCAGGAGUGAAGCCCUACGAAUGUAACGAGUGUGGGAAGACCUUCUACCAGAACUCGGCCCUUUGCAGGCACCGGAGAAUCCAUAAAGGAGAGAAGCCCUACGAGUGUUACAUAUGUGGGAAGUUCUUCUCUCAGAUGUCGUACCUCACCAUCCACCAUCGGAUCCAUUCAGGAGAGAAACCGUAUGAAUGUAACGAGUGUGGGAAAACCUUCUGCCAGAAUUCAGCCCUCAAUAGACAUCAGAGGACACACACGGGAGAGAAAGCCUAUGAGUGUUACGAAUGUGGGAAGUUCUUCUCCCAGAUGUCCUAUCUCACCAUCCACCAUCGCAUCCACUCGGGAGAAAAGCCCUUUGAAUGUAACGAAUGUGGAAAAGCCUUCUCUCGGAUGUCCUACCUCACCGUGCACUACAGGACUCAUUCUGGAGAGAAGCCCUACGAAUGUAACGAGUGUGGGAAAAAAUUCUACCACAAGUCAGCCUUCAAUAGCCAUCAGAGAAUUCACAGGAGAGGGAGUGUGAACGUACUGGAUGUGGGAAGGCUUCUCUGAAGUCCAAGAACCCUCUCAGCGUGGUGAGCAGGCAGCUCCUGCCGUCGUCCCUCAGAGUUCACACGGGUGAUGCACACGAAUGAGCCUUUGUGUUAGUCAGACUUGAAAUCUGAGAGUUCACAGGGUAGAGACCACAGUUGUAACAAGACCACAGUUGUAACAAGGACUCGUCGGAUACCAGACUGUACAGAAGUAAAUGUUUAUAAAUAUGUAGGAUGUGUAUGAACUUCACCGUGGACUCAAACUGUUUCACAUAUCAGGGAAUUCAUACCAAGGGAAAAUCUCUCAAUUUAACGAAGGUGGAAAACAUACUCCUUUGGAAAUUAUUACUAUUAAAUGUUUGUGAUGUAGUAACAAGCUUCUUGGAACUUGAAUAACUGUUGUGAGUAAAGAUACUUGUGCAAACAGAAGCUGUCAAAUCAGCAGGUAGUGAUCAAGACUGUAGCAUCGCAACUGUCGCUCGUACGUGAGUGUUCCUGGGAAUGUAGGACUUACGUUUUUGAGGAGUUUUUAAGUUUGUCCACUUGUUUUUAGGAUGCUCCAUUACAGGAAUUGUAUGUUCAUUUGAAUCAUGUUUGAAAAGCCAUUGUAACCUUAGUAGAAUAAUUUGUAAGACAUGGUAAGAUUAUCCAUUUGAAACUGCUCCACCACGUCAGUACCCUAAUACUGUCACUGAACUCGUAUCUGAUCGUGUAUGAAGUACACUGCUUCUCCCACUCUUCCCUGUCAAUGAACUAAAUCGUCUAUAAAGAAGCUAAUGUUUUUGUAAUGUGUUCAACUUUAUCUGAGUCAGCAAGAGAUAGAAAUCUAUGCAUAAAAUAGAAAACCAUAUAGAUAAUUUUGUUAAUGCCAGAAGUUUCCAGUAGUAAGUCUCCUAUAGCACUCAUUGCAUUCUCUACAGUUAAACAGAAAGACUUAAAGUAUUUCCAUUUGUACUAAUUUUUUUUUUCGGUCUGUUUUCUUAUUUUUUUAGUUCGGAUGCCUACAUAUGUGUAAGUGUGCAGAGCACACCUACUGUGUAACUUAGUAAUUAUCCGUAUUUUUACUUGAUAUAAUAAUGUUUUUAAAUAUUGUGCUCUACUCCUUCCUGAAUGAAUGAAGAACUCUUCAUACGGGUUUGUGGCAGAUGUUGGUGAACGACCCUCACUCACUUCUUACUCACUUCUUACUGUUUGCUGGCGGAGUUUGGGUAUCCAUUCCUCCUCAUGGAAUGAGGGAUAGAUCCUGACUAGUUUCAGUUAAUAAUGGUAAUCCUUUUCUCAUUGCCAGCCAUUGGUUUAGAGUGGUCACAGGACCCAGUUCUGUGCAGAUGAACAAAGGAGAGAUCUGACAGGUUACCUCUGGAAAACAUUCCUUCAAAGAUUCGAGGGAUGAAUCAUGCAGGGUGAAGUAGAGUCUUCUGUCGAACGUUGCCUUCUCUGCAUGGGAUGCCUGGUUGUGUCUUUCAAAUACGGAUUAUAAUUUAAGCAUGGCCGAGCAGAAAUAUCGGGAGAACCUGGGACCUAGAUGAUGACGUUGAGCCACUGAACCAACCAGCCAUGUAGCUGGGCCACCUCUGGACUGUCUCUUCUGUAGUAGACUAACUUUACUUUUAUGCCAGUUGAUUUUGGUUGCUCUGUUAGCCAUAACUGAAGAUACAAAGUUAUACCUUUGUAGGAAUUAUGCAAUUGAGAAGUGGACUUUAGGUAAAUCAUCUAUUUAGAAGUAAGUACUGAUAGAGAGCUUUAUCUUAACUUUCUGUAAAUCUGGAUGUAAAUAGUUUGAGCACAACAAAUCAACUUGAAACAAUUAAAUGUAUGUUUCCUUGAAUUGUUACAUCAUUGACCUAAGAACCUUUAGAGCCCGAUAAAGUGUCAGGUAUACCUUCCUUUUUACAAUGCAUGACAAAUUUUGUUUAGGUUAAUUUAUGUUAUCCAUGGAUCAUCGCUAUAGUGUGAGUUGACAACAUAGGUGUGGAGGGUAAGGACCUUUGCUUUCCAGUGAUUAGCCGAAUAGCCUCUAUUUGAAUAAUUGACCCCUUACGGCUGAGAUGAAAUGCCAUACUUUCUGUGUAUUUCAGUCACUUGUGCCACCUGUUUUUGUUGCUUAGCACUUUCCCUCCACAUUCUUCUAGAUAAUCGUGAGUAUGCUACAUAGCAGGAAUGAAAAGUCUGGUAGGUUGUAUAGUUUUGUGUAGGAAAAUAUACUCAUGGUGUAUUUGUGGAAAUGAUACCUACAAAGAUUCCCACCGUAAUUGUCAUUAUAGCUUUAAACACACAGUAUGCAUUUUAAGUAAAAUACUCAAAAAGUUUCAAUGGUUCACCACAUUCUUCUUACCAAGUGCCUGCGCAUGAAAGAGCCUGGUACACAUAAGUGGUCCCGGACUGCCUCUGUGAUGAGGGAGCAGUGUGAUCUGUUCAGUUUCAAACAUGUCCGUGCUCUCAGGUUAUUACAUCUCUGAAAGUAAGAUCAGUGGCAUGUUCUUUAAUGCCACUGUUUUUCUUCUCUAGAGGCACGUAAAAUAAUGGUUUUAGACUUGAUGGAAUACAAUAUAUGAAAAGUUUUUAACUGUCCCUGGCAAGUGUGUAAGGUGACACAGGCCCGGGUUCAUAAAGAAAGCACUAGAGGGACUUGAGCCUCCCUGUCCUGCAGUAAGGACUGAAGGGGGGACUGAAGGACUUGGGGGUGAGUUGGGGGGCAGGAGCUCCUGGGUGUUGUACCAGUGACCUCAUAAUUUGGGGUAUGAGCAGAUCAUGAACUCUGAGAGGGGCUUCCAGGGGCUGAGCAGAAGGCAGACCCUUCCUGGCCGUGGACACAUGAGAUCCCCCAAUAUUCUGUAUCCUCCUCGAGUUAGUGAAGCGAUGGCUUACUGACUCCUUCUCACGUGGAUCAAAAUGAAGACGUAGUUUUAACACCAAGGCCCUAUCCCCUCGGAGGCCCCCGAGUCACCCGCUUCUUUGUUCCAUGUCAGUGAGCUUGGUGGCACUGUCCAUCCAGGCUCUCCAGAGAAGACUGUACAGUCUUGUGCAGAUGUGGCCCAGCUAACUGCCAGCUUUGCAGGCUGCCUGCAGUGAAACAAAACAAGGAAAUUCCUUUUCCUUCUCACAGAGAUGACAUCACAAACCAACGGUGUUUCCCUUCCCUGAAUACAAAGUCCGUGAUUCCUGCCAAACUGAUGAAGUAGCAUGGGCUGCCGACUUGUUUCCCAAGCCCAACUCUGGGGUGCCAGAGAACCCCAAGCAGUUCACACGUCCAGGGACUGCAGGGGUGCCCUGGGGGCAGAUGUGGCUCUCGGCAGGGAGGUGUGAGCAGCCAGAGACAGUAGGGAGGCCGGUGCCAAGGGGAACUCGGGGACUACACAACACUGCUCUCCACUGUAGUGUCCCAAGCACAUCGCUGCCCACCACGGUCCUUUGUGAGACCGAAUGCAGGUGCAUCAGCCCCAUCCAGCUGAGAUGAGGGGUGGACGUGACAGACACAGUGUGAGCUGCAUCGUCCCCUCCUCAUUCCACAGCCAUGUCAUUACCAUAAGUAGGCACGUUUUUCCGGAUGAAGGAGGACCUUCUGGUGAUCAUGUAAUGUGCCAAGAAGGGGUUCCUCCUAGCUGGGGGUGGGCUUUCUCUUCUGUAACACCUACGUCUCCUGAGGCCACCCUGAGGAACAGCAAUAGGGGUUAGGCCUUUGCCCAGCUCCUUCCAUUAGCCGAGAUCUCCAGACACCUCAGCAAGAAUAAAUGCCGGGAGAAGACAAGGAGUUUACCAAGAGCACACCGUAUGUCUCCACCACUAGUGGGAUGUAGAAAUCCAGAUUUCAAAAUGGUCUUACUAGACAUCCCUUGAGAAAAGUGUAUUGGUUAUAUGAAGCAGGAACAGUUACCCCAAAAGAGGUGGGGGAAAGGGGAAAGGGCAUCAAUAAAUGGCAUGAAGCAAAUGCUUCACUAGAUGAGUUUAACUGCAGAGUGGAUGCAGCCAAACAGCCAGUUAGUGGGCUGAAGGACAACGGCAAAUGAUUUCGCCCUCGACGCAAGAAGAAAGAGGUACGAUGUGAAAAAUAAAACAGAGAGGAUGGUAGAACACCCAUAUCCUGGGGUUCUCAAAAAGACAAGAUGGGAAGAAAACCCAUGAAUUAAAAGUUUCUCAGAAUUAAAAAAAGAAUGAAAUUAAGAGAGGCUUUUGUGAUGCCAGAGGGAAAGAUCCAGAAAAUCUCAGGUCUGUAAAGCAAAACACUGUCUUAACCGGUAACUAGAACAAAUGAUAUCCAGUAAAGUGGCAAGAAAAGGGCAGCACAUCCACAAGAAGGGAUACGACGGUGCUUGGAGUCAUCAGUCAUUAGAAUGCACAAGUUAAAACAAGUUACACUGAUCAGAAUGGAAAAAAUGACAGUGAUGUACAAUAAAUACUGGUAAGGAUGUGAA